CACAGGAGUCUUUGCCGGGUCCCCGGACCUGAUGUUUGACACGCUUUGGAUUGAAACAGUAAAGUUAUGCAGUUUAAAGCCAAAUCAAGGAACUGAAAGAGACUAAAAAACUGAGAGUUGAAUGAUAAUCACCUUUAUUAUCGAACUUAUAAUGAGCCCGGUUAGUAUUUUUGUGCAGUGUGUGUCAUAAUUAACAGAACACAUGUGUACAGUGUGUUGAUUUGCUCCCCUUCUGCGAUAAACGUUUGUAGGUACAACCUCCACUGAGCAUGCGCAGAAGUGUCGGUCCUCUACAUUUGCUCGCAGACAUCAUCACAGGUUGAAGUGAGCAUCCUCAUCCACAAAGAGGGAGCCGGGCUGUUUUGUCUUUCCUCUCGGCUCUGUCGUUUAUCCCCCGUCGCUGUCGCCUCUGCUGCAGUGUGUCCAACGUCAGCACGCGGGGAGCAAAAGCCAUAAGAUGAAGAAACGUUAUGUGGACGCGAACAGGCUACGGAAGAUGAAAAAGCUGAAAAUCACGGAGAAGCUGUCUGAAAGCGCGUACACCUUCCUGAAGUUUAUGGUGAUGUGGACACUGGUGCUGCUGGCAGACUUCAUCCUUGAAUUCAGACUGGAGUACCUGUGGCCGUGCUGGCUCUUCUUUGGGAGCGUGUACACCACUUUCCACUGCCAUGGGCUGGUUAUUUGUGUUGUUUUUGUUUGCGCUGCCUUCACUCUGGACAUCUUUUGUUUAAUUUUUGUUCCUUUGCACUGGCUGUUCUUUGUGGCGAGCACCUAUGUGUUAUUCAAUUACAUAUGGCACACAGAGAAGGGCAUCUGUAUAUCAACUGUGUCUCUGUGGAUCCUGCUCGUGUACACAGAGGCUUCACUUCGACUCAAAGACCUUAAAACCUCACAUGCCAACCUGUCCCAUCUUUUUGCCGCUCACUGUAUUGGAUAUCCUGUAGUUUAUCUGGGGUUUGAUGCCACCUGCUACUUCACCAACAUCUUUAAGCUGCGCAUACAGAAAGCAGUGCAGAGUGAGAAUGACUUCCACAUGCACCUCCUUCAGCACUCGCUCCCCCCAGGCCUGCAGGUUUAUCCCAAGACAGGCACAGAUGGCAGCAGCACCUCCAAAUGGAAAGUCAAGCCUGAGUCGAGUCAGUAUCAGUGUCAGAACGGUGCUGUGCUGGCCCAAGAUGAGGCACACACUGUGGACUGCCUCCAGAUCCGCAGUGAGGAGAGAGCAACAGAGAAAGGGUCACAGGAGGUGAGGUCAGCCGAACCAAACCGCCGGCCACCAUCGUCAUCGUCGUCAUCAUCCAAACCCAGUGUGGGUGAGUCCAAAGAUCUGCUGCACAGCAGCACAGGAGGACCGGAAUCAUCAACAACUCCAGAAAAUCUACCUCAAGAGGAGCACGGCAGCAAAGCAACGCGAGCAGCUAAGAACUCCUCACCAAAAGUCAGAAGAAGCAGCUCAAAUACUCCUUCACCUCCUGCGGGAAGGACUGAGAAGAAACACAGGUCUAGCUCCAAAACAGUCAGCCCCAACAGGGAUGCAGCAGAAAAGAGUGCCACAGCAGCUCAGAGUUACCACACUGAACAGACAAGCAAGCUGGAGCAGGAGCUGAGGAGGCUGAAGAGUGAGCUGCAGUCGAGCAGGCAGACCGAACAGGAGCUUCGAAGUCACAUCUGCAACCUGACCAACAGCGAGAGGAGCCUUAGACCAGAGGUUUCCCUGCUCAGACAGUCCAACAUGCUUCUCCAGAGCAAGAUUCUGUGCCUAACUAAAAACAAGCAGAGGGACAAGCAGACUUGUGUGAUGCUGGAGAAGAAGACCAGAGCAGAGGCAGAGGCCAGACUCUCUGCUGAGAAGCAGUUGGCUGAGCUUCAGGCUCAAAAACUGGAGGAGGCGGCGAGCACAGCACGGAGUCUAACAAACAGGCAGGAACACUGUGAAACCCAAAUGUUAAGGAAAAAGGUUAAAGAGCUAGAGACAGAGUACAAACAACUACAACUGGAGUAUCAAGUGAAAGACAGUCGUGUGGUAGAUCUAGAGAGUGAUGUUGAGGCUUUGGGAAAGUACCGCUGUGUGGAAAAAGAGACAGAUAUGCUGCUGUCCACUUUGUCAGCCAUGCAGGAAAAGGCUCAACAUCUGGAGUACAACCUGAGCGCUGAGACUCGCAUCAAACUGGACCUCUUCUCUGCGCUGGGAGAUGCCCGCAGACAGCUAGAAAUCGCCCAAGAUAAGGUGAUGAAGCAGGACAGGGAGAUAAGUGAGAUGAAGAAGAAGAUUGCCGAGGUGAUGGCGGUGAGCCCCGGCAUGUCCUACAUGGCGCCCCGGCCCCACGUGCCACAGAAUCUCACCAAGUUGCUCAACUCCGAGCGCUACGUGUUGAAUCCACGAGCAUUGAUGUACCAGUGUUUGAAGAAAUAGGGGACGUCCCAGAGCUUUCACACCUCAUCAGAACUCGUCAGAUCCGGACGAGUUUAUCACAGAGCUAAACAACACCGCGAAGUCCUCUACUUCCAGCCAUGAGUGGAACCAGGCCAAGCCUCCACGAGUCGAAUGCCUUUUGCUGCACUGAUGGUGCUAACUUGAUAUUAUUCUGUAUAUUUCCUGUUUUCUGCCACAUCACAGGUCGAAGAGUUUCACUCCAAAAUGAGGUAUCUAAUAUGCAGAGCUGGUCAUUUUUUUGAAGGAAAACAAAAAAGGUUUACUUAUCCCGAUUAAAUACAAAUACAGGUGUCAGCAGAGAUACAAACCAAGUAGAUUUAUCUGAAUGAAGACCUGGUGCCCGAUGUGGACAUGCCCAGAGGAAGAUGGCACUGACAGGUUCUCUGCUGCAGCUGUAAAAUAUUUAAUUAAACCGCUCUUUACAGUUUAACUCCUGGCAUGAAAGUAAAACUAACCGAACAACAUUAUUUAAGUCCGUUCAUGUGUUAAACUUACAGAUGUGUAAGAAUUCAGAGUUUUCUUGAUCUGCUGCAAUACUGACAAGAAGAUUCAAAGUAAUAUCUUUUUUAAGCAGUAUUUGUCAGUAUUUAUUAGAACAAAAUGAUCACUGAGGUCCAGCAGUACAGGUACUGAUCAUAAAAUUAAGAAAACAGUGGCUGACUUCUGUUCCGGUGUCUCAGUCAGUCGUGACAGUCAAACCACGUAACUCUGAAACUGGAAAUCAGCCAUCACGCUUUUUUCAUCGUCUCGGCUUUUCUUUGAAAAAGAGGCCAUAUUUUAGACUUAAAUCUUUAACGGAUUUUGGGCAAAUAUUGGAGUUGUGAACAUUAUUUACAUUCAUGUCUAAACAUGAUUAUAGAAAGAUGAGAAAUUCGUAUACAGACUUUUGUCAAAGCCUCAGUGGUUAUGAUAAUGAACUUGUUUCUCUAAAUGUCUCUAUUGGAGAAAAAAAAUUUUGAAUAAUAAAUUUGGUAUAUAUGCACACAUUUAUAUAACCUGGUCAGCUACAUCAUUAAAACCACCAGCUGAAUAAUGUGCACGACCCUCUUGAGCCAUGAAAACCUUCACGGAUCUGCCCUGCUGCAGGUCCUCGGAUUGCUGCAUGUUUUCUGUAGGUUUUGAGUUGGGCUCGAUUUGGAUUGAGAGUUCGGAUUGAGACCCUUUAAGAGGAGGGACUACUCUUCUAUGGUCUCUUCAGGUGUCUGUUGUCCCAAACUGAGUACCGUUGGUUGUUUUCUGCGCUUCUUCAUAUGCUUAUGAGCACUUUUUGUGGUAGAACGCGGCCAUCGGGAAACGCCAUUACCAUGUAGCGGGUCAGAGCUUCCUGGAAUUGCUAGAAGCUCUGACCCGGACCCGAAAACAGAUGAGUGGGUGGGUUUCAAAGUAAAUUUAAAAUCUUCCUGCUGAAAAUUAUAACAAGAUGAUCAAUGUUGUUCACUUCACCUGUCUGGUUUUAAUGUUGUGGCCGAUCCUCGUACCAUUCUAUCAAAGUGUAAAUGUGACUAUUUAAUAUACCCCAAAUGUUUAAAACAAGUAUGCACCAAGAUGUUCUUGUGUGUGCCUGUAAAUAGAGAUUUAGGAGUAUCUUAAUUGUGCUGAAAUUCAGACAAAAUAUGUGCGUUCAACACAGAGCUUUGGAAUGAAACCCUUCAGAGUUGGAAUAUUCCUGCAUAACAGGCGGCAUCUUUGUAUGAAUAUUCCUGGUUGCCAUCCGGGAGACUCUUGAGAAUAGUUAAGUGAUGUUUUAUUGUCUUACUGACCUGAUAAUUUUUUUAAAAGAAAGCUCACUUCAGCUGCGACUGAGAGCCCGCUAUUUUUUUGAUGUUUGGCAGCUCGUGGCUCCACAGUGGCAUCUGGAAAAGAGAGACCGCGACCUUGUCCGAGAAGUAAAGCAGAGCCGGGAAGGACAAGGGGGACGGUGUUGACGAAACAUGGCUCACGGAUGAAAUUACUGUGCCUAUAUACUUUCAAACUCGGAAGUAAAACACAAAUUUUAAUGUGAAAGAGUAAUGUGUUUAAAUUGAAGUGCUAUGUACUGUUUUUGUAGUUUUUGCUUCAUUUCUUUCUUAAUUUGUUUUUUUUUUACUCAGUGUACAGAAUUGAAAAAUUACCCACGCAGCUGAAAAACACUCAUGAACUGGAUGUCGCCAUUUUGGUAGCUUUUUAUUUAGAGCGUGUUUCUAGGGUGUUUUAUAUCAAAAAUAUUUUUUAGUCUUGCUGUUCUUCUUAUACUGCUGUCAUUUUGUACGGCACUGUGUUUGUCAGCAUGAAAUGUGUUUUAUUCAACCGUUAUUUGAGCACACAUUGUGACUUUAUGUACCUGGAUGUACUUGUACAAGGGCUACAGUUUCUUAACGUUUUUGGACGAACAAUUGUUAAUUCAAACGAUGAUGCUCUGAGGCUGGAGAUCACACUCCUGAUACACCAGGACCCCGUUUUGUAUAAAUUAUUUGAGUUAUCAAAUGAGUCUAAUUUGUGCAGACAUGUGCAUGUUCCUUCACUCAGGAGCCAUUUAUGGUGUCAUUUUCUGACUUUGAAGGUAAAACGAGCAAAAUUGACUUCUUCUGCAAAUGGAAGUGCUUUCUGAAAACUUUAGUGUAAUGGCUAAUAAAGAUCAUCUUCAUAAACAUUUUGGCCUCACAACAGAUCAACAAGAGACACUGAGAUUAUUUAAGAUGAUCUCCUUUUCUGAUCUGUAGAUUCAUGCUGAACUAAGUUACAGAGUGCCUUUGGGGCAUGGGUUUGAAGACAUUUUGAACUCGGUUACUUACUCGUUACUUUCAGAGUAACUAGUUACUAGGGAAAGUAACUUUGGUUUUACUCAGAAUUCUCUUAUUAAUGUGUUGCUCGACUAACUGAAUACCCAGCAAGGAUGCCAGCUUGCUUACAUGUUAGCACUAUCCUGCCACAAGUGCACUGUGCCACCCAAUGGCCUGAACCUAAAAUGGCAGUGUAGUAGUGUGAGUGCAAGUUAAUGAUGAAAGGAAUGAAACUAAAUUAGAAAUGAACAAUG